AUGAGACUGUGUAUGAUUGAAAAAGCAGAGGUGACAAAUCAGAUCAAUACACAGCAAAUUAUGCAGAAUAUUAAUAUGUUAUCCUCAAGUGUGAGAACAGGUGGAGUAAUAGAAUCAAUGACAAACGUUCAUUGUGAUAAAAGAUAUCAACAAGCAUACUCGUAUUCACCUCCUCCAGUGAAACCAAUAACAUCUUUACUAGAAUCAGCUUCUCCAUCAAUACCGCCGCCACCUCCAUCACCCAAAACAGGACCUUCUUCUGAAUAUGCACCAUAUGUAAUCAAUUCAGAUCUAUUGCAAUCUAUGGCUAAAGAAUUAAGGAAACCUGAUGGUAAAAAUAUUAGGAAAAUUCCAAAGCGUGUGGAUAUGAAAAUUCCUA